AGACAUCAUGGGACGACAUGGACUGGAAGGAAUGAAUGAAAAUGGUGAGAGAUUUGCAAAUCUAUGUGCCUUCAAUAUACUGGUCAUAGGUGGCACUAUAUUCCCACAUAAACGCAUUCACAAAACCACAUGGACUUCACCGGAUCACACUACGCAGAACCAAAUCGACCAUAUCUGCAUCAACAAAACGUUCAGGAGGACGAUGGAGGAUAUGAGAACCAAGAGGAGCUGAUAUAGCAUCAGAUCAUCACUUGCUGGUCACCAAGAUGAAAUUAAAACUCAAGAAGCACUGGACAAUGGGGCGGACAAUAUCAUAAAAGUUCAAUACGGCCUUUCUUCAGGAUACUGACAAACUCAACAAAUUCAAGAUAUUCCUCAGCAAUAAGUUCCAAGCCUUUCAUGAUCUACUCAAUGGAGAAGAAACUACUAUGGAGAGCAACUGUAAGGGGAUAAAAGAGGCAAUCAUUUCAACAUGUCAUGAGGUUCUGGGCCACAAGAAGUACUACCACAAGGAAUGGAUCACUGUUGAUACACUGGAUAAGAUUCAAGAAAGGAGGAACAAGAAGGCAGAAAUCAAUACCAGCCGAACAAGAGCAGAGAAAGCCAGGGUACAAGCUGAAUACACAUAAGUAAACAAGCAAGUGUAGAGGAGCAUCAGAACUGACAAACGUAAAUAUGUGGAAGAUUUAAUAACGAUGGGGGAAAAGAUUGCAAGAGGAGGAAACAUGAGACAAUUGUAUGAUACAACAAAGAAACUCGCUGGAAAUUAUCGUAAACCAAAACGACCAGUGAAAAGCAAGGAGGGCAAAGUAAUCACCAACGUCGAAGAACAGCGAAACAGGUGGGUAAAACACUUCAAAGAACUCUUGAAUCGACCAGCUCCACUGAUUUAUUUAUUUAUUUGAACACAUAAAUAUUGGUACAAGGGUGCACCAGAUACAUAUGCACCACACAAGUCACUUGAUUUGUGUCUGGGCUGUGAUACUGUCUGGGUGCCCAGACCAAAGCAGGUGGAUUUUUUAGGGAGCAUCACCCGGAGUCUUCGACCUAAAGACCGGACGUUCUCUAUUCGUCCUCUCAAUUUAGUAAACAACACUCCUGCCUCGAGAAGGCAGUGAGUAGCACUUCCCUGGCAGUAGCUGCAUACGCGUUGCCAUGUGAGAGCAUUUCGAGAGGGAGAGCUGACUCUCCCCACCUUCGGCCGUACCAAGGCAUUCGAGUCAGCUCCACUGAACCCACCCAUCAUCGAUGUAGCACUUACAGACCUCCCAAUCGAUGUUGGCCCACGAACAAUUGAAGAGAUCAGCAUAGCCAACCGACAAAUCAAGAGUGGCAAAGCAGCAGGACCAACCAACAUUUUUCAGCAAAGGCUCUGAAAGCAGAUGUAGCAGUAACUGCAAAGAUACUCCACAUUUUCUUCAGCAAGAUUCGGGAUAAAGAACAAGUACCGACAGACUGGAAAGUAGGACCCCUGAUCAAAAUACCAAAGAAAGGCGAUCUCAGCAAGUGUGAUAACUACAGGGGCAUCACUCUUCUUUCAAUACCAGGAAAAGUCUUCAACAGGGUAUUGUUAAACAGAAUGAAGGACUCCGUAGACGCCCAACUCCGAGACCAACAGGCUGGAUUCCGUAAGGAUAGAUCGUGUACAGAUCAAAUCGCAACACUACGUAUGAUUGUGGAAUAAUCAAUUGAAUGGAAUUCAUCACUCUACAUCAACUUCAUUGACUACGAGAAAGCAUUUGAUAGCGUGGACAGGACAACACUAUGGAGGCUUCUUCCACACUAUGGCGUGCCUGAAAAGAUAGUCAAUAUCAUACGGAAUUCCUAUGAUGGAUUAAACUUCAAAACCGUUCAUGGAGGACUGUUGACAGACUCGUUCAAAGUGAAGAGUGACGUCAGGCAAGGAGCGGAAACCUGUAGAACUGCGAAAGCCAUCAUCCAAAAGAUACAAAUGUUUAUUAUCAGCUGUCCACGUAAAAUACUUCGGAUCCGUUGGCCAGACACUAUCAGCAGCAAUUUACUGUGGGAGAGAACAAACCAGAUGCCAGCGGAGGAAGAAAUCAGUUAGGAGGGCUGGAAGUGGAUAGUACACGCAUUGAGGAAAGCACCCAACUGUGUCACAAGACAAGCCCUUACAUGGAAUCCUCAAGGCCAAAGGAAAAGUGUAAGACCAAAGAAUACAUUACUUUGAAAAAUGGAGACAAACACGAGAAAAAUGAACAAUAAUUGGAUAGAACUGGAAAGGAAGGUCCAGAACAAAAUGGGUUAGAGAAUGCCGGUCGGCGGACUAUGCUCCAUUGGGAGUAACAGGCGUAAGGAAUUCGAUCCAGUUUUGAAGUUGGAAAAGAUGUUAGUAGAAUGCGAGAUUGUAGUCUUGAAUCUCUUGGUUCAACACAAAAAUGGAAAUAUGCAACACAACCAACACUAAAUAACCAGCAGCACUCAGUUGAUCUUUCAGUACAGCUAAAUACUAGCUUAUUGAUGAAUACUGAUGAAUACAUAUGUAACAUGAAGAAUAUCUUUGAUAAACAUAUAUAUCAGUUGGUUUUACAAGAUGUACGAGAUAAUGUCUUAGAUUCUAGCUGGGCAUCAAUUCUAAUUCGUUUGGCAUGGAAUGUUUGUCAAACGGUGCACUUUGAUUUACGAUCAACUGGUUUACGUUAUUUUCAAUUUAAUCGACAACAGAAGCAACAAUCUCAGUCAAAUAAUGAAACUGUAAAAAGUAAUGACGUACAGAAAUCCGUUAUGAAUUCUAAUACUGUCUAUAAACAACAAGUUUACUCACCAAUGGAUAUUCGAUAUUAUGUACAUAUUAAAAAACUAUUGGAUGAAGAUAACAAAAAUUCAGACUUGUUCCCUGGUCUUAUUAUCUCUAAACGUCCAACCCACAAAUUAAUGCCAACUGUUUUAAAUAAUCCACGCAUUCUUCUAUUGGAUUCAUCUAUAAAUUAUCAACGUACUACUUCUAAAAUGACGUGGUUAGAAUCUCAGAUUAUGCAAGAAGAAGAAUACAUAACCAAUUGUGUUUGUAAAAUUCUCUGUCUACAUCCCAAUAUUAUAUUCGUCAGUGGGACUGUUUGUUAUUUAGCACAGAAUUUUAUUUUCAAAGCAGGAAUCGUUUUAUUUUCCAAUGUAAAACAGUCGGUGUUGUACCGUAUUGCACGAAUGACGGGUGCUGAUAUCUUGGAUUCGAUUGAUCGGUUAAUGAGCAAUCCUUCAAGAAAAUCAGAUAAUAAUGCUCAAAAGUCAACAACACGUCUUGGUGUUUGUAAUCAUUUUGAAGUUAGACAAUUACAUUUACCAGAUGAUUCCACGAAAUUUCUUACUUUCAUCAAAAAUAAUUCUACCGAAACUGGUUUGGCGCUUGAUUCUAAUCCUAUCCGGUAUAUCACUCAUGAAGCGACUGUUAUUCUACGAGAUAACGAUCUUGCUUCACUUAUCCGUGCAAAACGUUGUUUUCUUUUCACAUUACGCUUGUGCUAUAAUGCACAGUUAGAAUUGGCUUAUUCAAACAAUGAUCAUAUUUUUCAUCUUCCUCAUUUGUUACUGAAUACGGAUACGUAUUCAAGAUCACGUGUACAAUCUCUAAAUAAAAUAUGUUUACAAAACGAUGCCGAAUAUUCAUCGCUUUCUUCUCCAGUGUCGAGAAAAAAAGCGUUAUCCGACCCCAAUGGUUCAGUUAUUUCUAUUUCCUCUACGACCGAACAAACAUCUAUAUCAAACGAUGAAGAUGACAAAAAUCUCUGCUCUGAUUUAGCGAUAUAUCUUCAAGGACGUCUAUUAUCUGUCUCACCAAGUGUUGAAUUUCGCUUACCCUAUUUAGCAUCUAGAGAAGGCCAGUUAUCUUAUUUAUACCCAUAUUAUACUUACGUAAUUGACUGGCCGUUAGGACGUAGACUGAAUGAUUUGAUGAAACGGAAAGAAAAAAUUUUAAAUAGUGAAUUGACAGCAUUAAAAUAUUACAUGAUGAGUGCUAAAUUACAUAAUCAUCCAUCAAAACAUAUUUCAAGUAACGAAUCAUCUCAUCCUUUCACAAAGUGUAAUUUGGAAAUUUUUUCAUCGCCUACUUUACAUAAUUCAAAAUUACAUCGUCUUUUACCAUAUUUUCUUAGUGAUAACAGUGACAAUAAUGAUAGUUUUAGAAAAAAUAAUUUUGCAAUGGAUGGAUUAAUUAUCUCUGAGACAUUAACAUCAUCUGAUGAAGCCUUGUAUACUGAUUACAAAGCUAGGGGUUUUAUGAACAAUAAUAAUAAACAGAACGUUGAAAGUUGUCGUUCAUUUCCACGUCUUUGGGCUGGUAUGAACAGUAUUUUAUCUGGUCAUUGGAAUUCUUUAUUUAAUACAAGACAUUUGAAAUCAUUUAAAUCAGGUCUUACAAAAACAUCAACUACAACUACUGGUUUUACACCCACUUCUAAUGUGCAGCUUAUCUCGGAAUCUGAAAGUGUAAAACGUCUAAGAAGAAGCAUUCUAGAUCCACGUUCAUAUCAAUCUUUGAGUUUUCUUGCAAUAUUAUUUACAACAAAAUGUAUUAUGCGACCAGAACCAUGUGUUCCACCUUUGAUAGCUACAGUGGAAUUUUACGGUUCAAAUGAUUUGCCAUUAGGAUUAUUUUUGGAGAAAUUUUGUUUCAUGCAACAACAUUGCCGUAAUCCACUUUGUAAUGUAGUAAUGGCUGAUCAUAUUCAAAGAUUUAUUCAAACUUCAGGAUCAGUACAACUUAUGAUUCGUAAAUUGAUUCAAGAUCCACCUCGAUCAGAAGUCUUAUCAGAUAUACCAAAUCUAGGUAGUAAUGAUGCAAAAUAUCGUCGUCAUUGUCGUAUACAAAUGUGGUUAUUCUGUCCAAUAUGUCGUAUUAAUUCACCUAUUAAACAUAUGUCUGCUGAUACUUGGCAUUUGUCUUUUGUAAAAUUUCUUGAUUUAAUAAUAAAUAGUUCUGAUAAUUGGGCUUAUUGUGGUCUAUUCAAUAAAAACUUGGAUGAUACAGUCAAUGAGGUGAACACAACUGAUGCGUCUAAUGAACCAUCACUUAAUUCAGUAAGACAUGGAAUCGACAGUCAAACUAUGAGUCCAAUAUUACAAUUCCAGUGCCCACAUUCUGUUUAUAAAUCUUUAGAACAUUGCUUUGCUUUUGAUCGGAAAUUAGCUAUUUUUAAAUAUCAACCGGUUAAUGUUUAUGAGAUUGUUAUGCCUCCAAAUGAGAUUCGUGUUUUCCCGGUGAAAGUCAAUAAUUCGAAGUCCGAAAGUACCCGCAUGUUAACUAUGAAAAAACCAACUGCUGCAAGUGACAUGAACACAAAUGAUUUGGAAGAUGGUUACUGCACGGAUAGUACAGACCAUACUACCGCUACUGCUACCAAGUUUCAUAGUCAGUCAAAUCAUCACAAAGUUACUAACCUGCAGAAAACAUCUCACCUACCAAGUUAUCUGUACGCUGAAGCUUCCGAUGUUUUAACAAAGUAUUACACUAUAAAUACUGUAAUUAAAUGUCAUAUUGCCAAUCAACAAAAUGAGAAAAUAUCUUGCGAACUGUCCGCUAUGCUCGAGGCCUAUCUAAAAGUUCUUGAAUGUGAUUCCACUCGUAUACUAAUGGAUGAAAGAUCGGAAAUUUUGGAUUUCAUUCUACAUCCGAGUGACAGCAGUCAAAAGGAAAGGUUUUCUAAUAAACAGUAUGUUGAAGACAUACCAGCGGGUAUAUCACAUAGUCUAGGCCCUCUUGCAAAGCCUGUAGAAGAUGAUUCUGAAUCAAAUACUGUAGAAAAUGAAAAAAUAUCCACACCUGAUAAGCAAACAAUAACUACGGAUGAAAAAAUCUUUUGUACGACUACAAUCCAGUCACGUGUUCGAACUCAUUCAAAUAGCAUUUCAAGUGUUCAUUAUGGCUCCAGUGAAACUGCUGAACAAAGAUGUGAUAUUUCACAAAAUGAAACCAAAUGUCAUAAUUGGUUCAAACUAAUCUCUAGUUUAAACAGUGUUGAACAGGCCUUAAUUGUACAAAGAUUAAUUAAUGAAUUGAAACGUUGGAUGUAUCGAUUUAUUUCGGAUUGGAAUUUCAGAUUUAAUGAAUAUGAAUUAUUAAUGAAACGAAUUGAAAAAAAUAUACGCGACAAACGGAAAAAGCCGACAUUGUCGUAUAUUUCUACAACAGUUGCUAAUUCGUCUCUUCACCCAUCACCGAAUCUUCUUUCUCCUUCAGUUCCUUCUCAAGUAACGGUUACAACUUCCGUAUCACUACCACCACCAAUAACAACACCAUUACCCGUUAGUAGUAUCAUAACUAGUUCAAAGAGUGCAAACAAUCUGCUAGAUUCUACAAAAUCAUUUGAACACAACAAUGAUAUGAUUACAAAUCUGUCUUCUUCCAAUCUACCCAUCGAAGUAUCAACAUCUCAAACUGUUUACUUUAAUUCUAUAGAUCAAAAUACGGACAAAUUUUUAACUGGAAUUGAUUUAAGUAAUAACAUUUCAGUUAAUUCAAAAACACCAUUAAAUAAUGUGUUAACAGUCAGUCAACCAGAACUUCUAGUUCACUCCAUAAAAAAAGACAGUGAAAUGUACAAGUCUAUUGAAAACACCUCAAGACUUGAUUCUUUUAAGUCUGGUUUCAAUUCAUUUCAUGAUAGCAUUAACCAUGAUUCAAGCCAACAUACAGAAGAUAAUUAUGUUUCUGAUUUGUCUAAGAAUUUACCUAUCUUGGAUCCUUUAAAUUUAAAAGCUGUUUACCAACGACGUGGUCCGGAAAUCUUCAAUGCUGAAUCCUCUUCUCAAAAUCAAUCGAACAAAACUGAAUCUUCAACUCAUCCUAUCCAAAACGAAAUCUCAAUUACGAAUAAUUCUUCCUCUUCUGGUGUGCGUCGCUUUAUUCAUAACUUUUUACCAUCAGCUAUGGAUUUAAAAGUAUUUGGCGAACCGGUCCCACCUCACGAACAUCCUCAACUGACCAUAUGUGAUGAAAGUUGCAUUAACAUUUUAAAACGUAUUGAAACUACUCUCAAUAAAUCAAAUGAAAUCAAAAUGAACAGUUGUGAUUAUAGUCGACUGUCUGAGUCUCUCUGUCAAUUAUUGCUUGCACAUCCAGAUGUUUAUGUUAAUGAUCGAGAAUUUACUUCAAUUAUAGCUUUUGCUUUGACUACACGAGAAUACGAAAGAAAGUUAGUGGAUUUACAUUUUACCCUUCAAGGCUCACUGCAGCACAGUUCUGAUGUUCAGCUAGGUCAGGCUGCUCUUUCUAAUUUUAAGGAUAAUGAGUCAGCUGUUACAACUGAGAAUAUAUCUGGUGCAAAAUGUAUUGGUGAAAAAGAAAGACUAAACAUUCUAUAUGAUGACACUUCCCUAUCGAAUCCAAAUGAUGAUGGUUCUUGUAAAAAGUCAGAAACAUCACAAGAAUGUAAUAGAAUACCAUCAUCACCAAAUGUAAGUGCAUUGCGUGAUCAAAAACCGCCUACACAUACUCAUAAUAUAUCUGCCAGUUGUCAUACUACUUCAUUAUCAACAUCUACAACUGACAAAUCCAAUGGGUCUCGAAGUCGUCAUAUUAAAAUACAGUUUUCGGAUAGUUCAACUACUUUCUUCUGUUGUGUGUACUAUGCCUCUGAAUUUUUCCGUUUACGUCAACUUAUAAUGCCUAAUGGAGAUCUGUCUUUCAUACAUUCUUUAUCACGAUGCUAUCAAUGGGAUGCGCGUGGUGGUAAAUCAGGUUCCUUAUUCAUGAAAACUCGAGAUGAACGAUUUGUAAUUAAAGAACUAUCUUCAAUUGAAAUGAAAACAUUUCAUGAAAUCUCUCAGGAUUAUUUCGAUUAUGUGAUUACUGCAGCACUUGAACAACGUCUUUGUGUUUUAUCAAGAAUACUAGGCAUUUUCCAUGUUGGAUUUAAAAAUUCUACAUCAGGUGAAGCCCAUCGAUUCGAUGUACUUGUAAUGGAAAAUUUAUAUUAUGGACGUACUCAACUGGCAUAUAUUUAUGACUUGAAAGGCUCACUACGUAAACGACUGGUAGAUGAAUCCUUCAAUAAUAUCAACAAUAAUGGAGUUAAUGCAAACUCUACUACUAUGCCUACAGAUCUAGCACAAACAACUGAUGAAAGUACAACUAAUUCCGGUAUUGCAUCGUACCACUCGUUUACAUGCAAUCAGUCAACAACAGUAUCAGAUAGUGGUUUGACUUCAGAGACAACUACAGUUAAACAUAAUGUACCUGUUCUUCUAGAUCAGAAUUUACUAAAUGCUUCAAUAGAUAAUCCGUUGUAUUUAAGAGUUCAUUCAAAGAAUGCUCUUUCACAUUGUCUAAAUAUGGAUACUGCAUUUUUAGCGAAUCUAUUUAUUAUGGAUUAUUCUCUAUUAGUUGGUGUUGAUACAACAACUAAUCAACUUAUUAUUGGUCUAAUUGAUUAUCUACGUAAAUUUACACUAGAUAAACGUUUAGAAAUGAUUAUUAAACAAACAAUAACUAGUGCACAAGGUCCAAUGCCAACUAUAUUAACACCAGAUUUAUAUCGUGAACGUUUUCUUUAUCAAUUGCAUAGUUAUUUUCCAUUAUUACCGGAUCAAUGGUAUGAUAGUUUAGCUGAACAUACUGAAAAUUGGCGUGUGUCAUCAGUUCAACGUAAAUCACUAUCAGUGAAUAAGACAAAGUGA